UCUUCAUAUUCAUCACCUUCCAUCUUCUUCACAGAAAAAUGGACAUCAACAUUGUGUCUGUGAUGCUCUACUCCGUGGCACUCGUUCCAAUCGCUCUCUCUAUCGCCUUUUCUCUCCUUCUCCUCAAAAUCUUCACUGGCAAGUCCCUCCGAAUCUCUAAGUAUCCACCUGUCCACAGGACGGUCUUCGGUCAACUCGCGUACUUCAAUCGGCUCUACGACUACCAAACCAGAGUCGCGAGGAGAACUACAACGUACCGGCUCCUUGCACCAGGCCAUUGUGAGAUUUACACGGCUGAUCCAAUGAACGUCGAGUACGUAUUGAAGACCAAGUUCGAGAAGUACACGAAGGGAAAGUCUAACAUAGACGUAGCCAUGGAUUUGUUCGGGGAGGGCAUUUUUGUGGUGGAUGGAGACAAGUGGAAGAAGCAGAGGAAGGUCGCCAGCUUCGAGUUUGCAACAAGGGUGCUCAGAGAUUUUAGCUGUUGCGUCUUCAGAAAGAAUUCUGCGAAGCUGGUCAAGGUCGUGCAGGAGUUAUCGGCUGCUUCUGAGGGGUUCGAUAUGCAAGACGUACUCAUGAGAUGCACUUUGGAUUCCAUCUUCAAAGUUGGAUUUGGUGUGGAAUUGAAUUGUUUGGAAGGAUCAAGCAAAGAGGGAAGAGCCUUCAUGAAAGCUUUUGAUGAGGCAAAUGCACUAACCUACAGGCGAUAUGUGGAUCCCGCUUGGAAGCUCAAAAGACUUCUCAAAAUAGGAUCAGAAGCUCGUCUCAGAAAUAACAUUAAACUCAUUGAUAAUUUCGUGCAUCAACUUAUCAGAACCAAGAGGAAUUUACUCCCACUGCAGCGUGAACAUAAUGACAAGGAGGACAUUCUCUCGAGAUUUUUGCUCGAGAGCGAGAAAGAGCCCGAGAAUAUGAACGAUAAGUACUUGAGGGAUAUAAUUCUGAAUUUCAUGAUCGCCGGGAAAGAUACUAGUGCAGGUACCUUAUCAUGGUUCCUCUACAUGCUCUGCAAACACCCCCUAGUGCAGCAAAAGAUUGUUGACGAAAUAACGGAAGUGAUUGGAGAUCAAGCAAGUGAAGCUAACCCUGAUUGUUUCGUGGAAAGAAUAACCGAUCCGGUGCUCGACCAAAUGCACUAUCUUCAUGCCGCACUCACAGAGACUUUGAGGCUGUAUCCUGCAGUCCCUCUGGAUGGAAGAUGUGCUGAGACAGAUGAUGUUCUCCCAGAUGGCUUCCACGUGAAAAAUGGGGACGGCGUGUAUUACUUGGCUUACUCGAUGGCAAGAAUGCAUAACAUCUGGGGAGAAGAUGCUGAGGAUUUCAAACCUGAAAGAUGGUUGAAGGAUGGAAUUUUCCAAAAUGAAUCACCUUUCAAAUUUGUUGCAUUCCAUGUUCGUUUCUCCAUCCUAAGUCCUCCUGAAUUGAUAUUCGAAGCGUGCGUACAUAUUCCAAGCAUCUUCAAGUGACAAUCUUACUUUCCUAUUUGCAGGCUGGUCCUAGAAUCUGCCUCGGGAAGGAUUUCGCUUAUCGCCAGAUGAAAAUAGUUUCCAUAGCUCUCCUUCGCUUCUUCCGUUUCAGAUUAGCUGAUGAAACUAGACCUGUAAGCUACAAGGUCAUGUUCACCCUUCACAUCGACAAUGGCUUACAUCUUCAUGCUGUUCCCAGAUUGGGUACAUAAGAGCAGGGCUAUCAUUUGGUAUGGUCCAUCGCGACAUAUAAGUCUGUAAUGUUGGAUGCUAGUGGUUUUCACCGAUUAGUAAGCAUGUGCACUACAAGAUCUUACUGUUGCAUGUAAAUGCUGGAAUGCUAAAGUGUUUUACUUGAACUCCGUACAAAAUUUGAAGUUAUAAGUUCGUCAGGCUUUGAGACAAUGCUAUUAUUAUCUUAUUCUGAUAAAGCCUCUGAAAUGCUAACAAGGUGGUAUGUCCCUAGAACUGAGUUGGUUUUCAAUCUCGGCUAACAAUCAGCGAUCCAGCACUUCAUGAUAUCAUUGACAUACCAAUCUGAUAAUCAGCUGAUUCACCUUGGUUAAGCAGAACCUAUUCAUAAGUCUAUAUACCGAGAACAAGUUUUUCUCUUAGGUAUAGUAAAGCACUUGGUUAAAUGUCUAAACUAUCACAAAAUAAGGGAAAGAAGAACGGUUCUCCUCCCGCAAUAAAAGAAAUGAGAUGUCCUACGACAA